AAAUGCAUGGCCGUGUUAAAGUUCGUACUUCCGAGGAGGAGAAAGCCCGAAAAGAACGAGAGAGACAAGAGAAACUUAAAACAUUCAAAUAUGCUAUGAACAAGAUUCAAAAAAAGAGGAAAGAAGGUGAAUUGGAUAAGGAACUUCUGGAACUCACAGCGAAAGUGUUGUCUUCAAAUCCAGACAUUUAUACCCUGUGGAAUGUAAGAAGGGAAAUAUUAACUGCAUUCAGGAAAUAUGAAUGUGAUAUAAAUGAUGAGUUGCAAGCAGAAAUGUCAAAUCUAUAUGAUGCAGAACUUCAAUUAACCGAGUACUGUUUGAAGAUGAAUCCAAAGUCUUAUAGUGCAUGGCAUCAAAGAAAAUGGAUUCUUACUACACGGCCUGAUCCAGACUGGCAACAAGAGUUGAGUGUUUGUAACAAAUAUUUGAAGUUAGAUGAAAGAAAUUUCCUCACAUGGGACUACAGAAGAUUUGUGGUCAGUCAAAGCAAACCAUCACUCAAGGAUGAAUUUGAGUUUACAACAGAGAAGCUACAUGAAAACUUUUCAAACUAUUCAGCUUGGCAUUACAGAAGCAAAAUAUUGGUAGCGAUGUAUCCUGAUUUAAAAGGAGGACAGCUUAUAACCGAUAGCCCCAUGGAAGAAAUUCGUCACAAGCAGGAGUUGAAAAUGGUGCAAAGUGCAGCAUUCACUGAUCCAGAUGACACUAGUGCUUGGUUUUACCAAAGAUGGUUGUUAGGGGCUGUAAAGAGAACUUGCAAAUUAAUGGCAUGUGUUGUGACUCCUUCUAAAACAACAUUUGCAUUCAGUGAUCCCGUUGUGCAAACCUAUAUCACAUUGUUAACAAGGCUAUCUGUAAAUAAUGUUGUGAUAAAUGGUAAUUGGGUGCCUUGUACAGGAAGUCACAGUGACGUUUUGUGGAUAUAUGAACAUAAUGAAGAAAUUACCAGUGGCAUGCAAAUUGAGGCAUUUUUUGAAAGUGUAACAGGAAUUGACACAAUAGAAUUUGUAGAAGAAAAGCCUCUAAUAUAUGUUGGGAAGUUGCAUGUCGACUUCAGUUUGAAAUAUUCAGGGCCUGUUAUUGACGAGUUGAAUAAUCAGCUUGACUCGUGUCGCCAGUUGCUUGCUUUGGAGCCUGACAAUAAAUGGACCCUGCUCACAACUACAAUAUUCUUAUACUGUAUUGAUGGUAAAAAAUACCACAAAGAAAUUGUAGAAAAUUUACAAACUCUGAAAACAAUAGAUAAACUUCGCACAGGGUAUUAUGAUUAUUUGAUUACCAAGUGGAGUGUAGAGCAACAACUGUAUGAUGAUUGUCUGAAAAAUGGUCUCGAAUUAAAAAUAAAUUUUGAACACAAAAUUACGAGUUUGCCCCACUUACAGUAUUAUAGUUACUGUGAAACAGUAGAUUUAUCUAAGCAGAAUUUAAUUUCUUGUGGCUUACCAUCAUUGAUAUUGCUUCCACAUUGUAAGAAAUUAAACCUAGAAAACAAUAAACUAACAACUUUGAAGGGAUUUCCUAAACUACAACUAGAAGAAUUGAAUCUCAAAGGUAAUGAACAUUUAACUACAAAGGAAGUAGAAGAAUUUAAAGAGAAACGCAAAUUCAGUGUAAUUUUUUAGUAUUCAUUUCGUACGCAGUACUUUUAUGAACAAUGCUGUUUGUGCAAAAUAAAAACAGAAUUGCUUAAUAUCUAAAUAUUUCAUAUUGCAAAGAUAUUGUUACACAUUCAAAUGAAGUAAACCAUGUGCCUUAAU